UGGACCAUAUAUGGAUUGGGUUUAUAAUAUUAGAUCGUGGAAAUAUAUACCCACAAACAACAUAGCUCCCAUCAUUGUUUGAACUUUGUACCACCUAGCUAGUUCCUUGAAAACUCUUUCCUUAGCAUCCAGAUCAUCAUGAGUUUUCGUUCCAAGAGUUCUAGACAAGGGGAUUCCAAAGGCUCUAAAGAACCGCCUUCUAAGCAUGUUUCAAAGGGUGCUGAAGGUACAGGAUCAUCGUUUCCCGACUUCUCCAAGAUGAAAAAUCUCUUCGGGAGAGGGUCUAAAGGCAGUAAGGCAAGUAGCGACUCUCAACAACCAUCUCCAAAUAAUGAAAAUCCAGAGACGGCUACAGAACCAGCCCUCUCACAGGACGCUGAUGGUAAAACCACGUUUAAACCAAACAAUCUUAGCAUCUUUUCGGAGGAAGAAAGUAAAGCUUGGACAAUUUCUGAAAUUUCUGAAAGGGAAGUUACUGCAGAGAUGCUAGAGGGGUGUUGGCUUGAUGUAACUGGUUCAAAGACUGCUACCAAAGGGAAGGCGUAUGAAAUUAGCUUCAUAUUAUCCAUGAAUAAAGAGAAUUCCUUUGGCUGGGAUGAUCCUGUUUAUGUGAUGGCAAGGAUAGGAGAGGAGGGAGAGUAUACGCGCGUAAAAAUAGAUCUAUCAAAGUUAGGCCCGGAAAAAAAGGAAUUGCCGGAGGAGAAGUGUCGGGUUGAGUUUAGAAGUGAUGAAAACGCUGAAAAUAAUGAGAAAACACUCUAUUUUGGCUUGUAUGAGGUGUGGACUAACAACUGGAAGUGUGGUCUACGGAUCCAUGAGGCCAUUGUUCGGGAAUUAACUGCUGAGGAUUCUGCUUCUACAUCUAAUACCCGUUCGGACGACUCCAAAGUGCAAGAAGUAACAGCUGACAAGUCUACUUCAGCAUCUGAAAACCCUCCGGACAUGUCCAUAAUUAAGCAAGUACCAGCUCAUCCCGACGAGCUCGUAGCUCAGAAAAUAACAGUUCACGAUUCGGCCUCUACAUCUACUAAUCAUGUUGAUGAUUUAGCUGCCGCAUCUCGUGAGGAAAAUCUACAGGAUGAGAUCUUUGACACGAAGGAAUCUCUAGAAGAUAAGUGAUAAACAGAAUCUCUGUUGAAUUGAUGCCUCAGAAGCUGCUGA